ACGUUGCUUUAAUUGCAUUAGCACUAACGAUUUAUGCGACCUAUUUGCAAUUUACAAUGACGAAAUUCACGCGCAAAUGCUGGAAACUUCUUUCGAUUUUAAUAAGGUAUCAAAUGAUUUUAAAUACAUUUCUACGAUUUGCGCUAAUUGCGUGGAUUCGUUAGAAAAGGCGUUAUUUUGUAUCGAACCAAACCAGACAACUGAAAACAUAUUAAGAAUGCUUAUUAAAAGCAGUUCACAUAAUAAGGAUUUGAAUGGCACCAGAGAAAGGGUUAAGCAUGCUUUGAAACAUGAAGAUGAUCCUGUGCCUCACAAGUGGAGACGUCGCACAGAAAAUGGAGAUGAGAGCAGGGAAGAAAUAAGUCAAAAUGUAUCAGGCACAGUGGCUUCUCUAAACUGUAGGAUUAUUAGAAUUGGCUCUUAUAUAAAUAAAUUAAAUAACGAAAACGUGUAUAUCUCUCCUAGGGGUAUAACGAUUGUUGUACCUUCAUUAAAAUAUACGGAGUAAAAAGUAGCUCUCCAUAUACAAUGCAAAGAAAUAGUCCGGAUAUUUAUUAAUUUUGAAGAAGA